AUGCUCUUCGGGCGCGCAACCACGCAGCGACCACCUUCACUGUCCGCGACAUGUCGCUCGUACACCGUCACCGCCCUCUAUAGAAAGCCUCAGACUUUUCACUCGCACGUCGAAAAUUCAACCAAUUCCUCCGACCUCCUGGCUUCAGUGGCCACAACGCCCCAGACGCUCACCGAGAAGAUCGUUCAACGCUACGCCAUUGGGCUCGCGCAGGGAAAGAAGGUCAAAUCAGGCAACUAUAUAUCUAUAGCACCGCAUCACUGCAUGUCGCAUGACAAUAGUUGGCCUAUUGCAAAAAAGUUUUUGGACAUUGGUGCCACUAAGGUCCACGAUAAUCACCAGAUCGUCAUGACCCUCGACCAUGACGUCCAAAAUAAAUCCGAGUCCAAUCUUAAAAAGUACAAUCAGAUCGAGGAGUUUGCUCGCAAGCAUGGCGUCGAUUUUUACCCCGCAGGCCAUGGGAUUGGACAUCAAAUAAUGAUUGAGGAGGGUUAUACUUGGCCAGGAACUAUGACCGUUGCUUCUGACUCUCACUCUAAUUCUUAUGGAGCGAUUGGCUCACUCGGUACCCCAAUCGUUCGAACAGACGCCGCGAGUAUUUGGGCCACGGGCCGGACCUGGUGGCAGAUCCCACCUGUCGUCAAAGUCACCCUGACAGGCGUCCUCCCUCCAGGCGUCACGGGCAAGGAUGUUAUUAUCGCCUUGUGCGGUCUCUUCAACCAGGACGAUGUACUCAACCAUAGCAUUGAAUUUACCGGUUCAGAACAGACGAUGCGCAGCAUUUCUAUCGAUGAACGUAUUACCAUUGCCAACAUGACAACGGAGUGGGGUGCACUUAGUGGACUCUUCCCCAUUGACUCUGUCCUAAUCAACUGGUUACGAGCCAAGGCCACCACGUCCGCCAUGCUAAACCCGGAACUUGGGGCCAAAGGCCGCUUCAAUCACGACCGAAUCAACGAUCUGAUCGAAAACCCGCUUACUGCUGACCCUGGUGCGACCUAUGCCAAGUCACUCUAUUUAUCUCUGAGCUCCCUAUCCCCGUUUGUCUCCGGCCCUAACAGCGUGAAAGUGGCUACCCCCCUCCGCGAUCUUGAGGCGAAGAAGAUCCCCAUCAACAAGGCCUAUCUGGUAUCCUGUACCAAUUCACGCUCCUCCGAUAUAGCGGCUGCCGCCCGCGUCUUUCGCGAGGCUGCUAAGGAUGGUGUCACGCCUAAGAUUGCCUCUGGUGUUCACUUAUACAUCGCCGCCGCCUCCCUAGCUGAACAACAGAUCGCGGAAGAUGCUGGCGACUGGCAAGUCCUCCUGGACGCAGGCGCAAAGGCUCUACCCUCAGGCUGUGGCCCGUGUAUCGGAUUGGGAACCGGUCUCCUCGAACCUGGUGAGGUGGGUAUCAGUGCCUCUAAUAGAAAUUUUCCGGGAAGGAUGGGCGCCAAAGAAGCGAACGCAUAUCUCGCUAGUCCCGAGGUUGUCGCCGCCAGCGCCCUGCAUGGCCACAUUGUCGGUCCUGGGUGGUAUCAGAAGCCCGACGGCGUGGAGAAGGUCAUCAUCGGUGAAGGCAGCGGUGACUUUGAGGUUGACAAGGCCAAGAGCGUGGAGGAUGCUUUGGACAAGAUUAUCGCCCAAGCCGAGAGAAUGAUUGUCGAUGCCGAGGGCGUUUCUGCGGCCGACUCUACCGGGGCUACGAUCAACGACGCCGAGGAAACCCUUACCGACAUCCUGCCAGGGUUCCCUGAGAAGAUCGAGGGCGAGAUUGUCUUCUGCGAUGCUGACAACAUAAACACAGACGGGAUUUACCCUGGCCGCUACACGUAUCAAGACAACAUUACAACCGAGAAUAUGGCCGAGGUAUGUAUGGAGAACUAUGACUCAUCCUUCAAGGACAUCGCUCGCGCAGGGGAUGUGCUAGUCGGGGGCUUCAACUUCGGAUGUGGUUCUUCGCGCGAGCAGGCCGCGACUGCCAUCCUCGCCAAGAAGAUUCCGCUCGUCGUCGCGGGAUCCUUUAGUAACAUCUUCGGCCGUAACAGCAUCAACAACGCGCUUAUGGGCGUCGAGGUGCCGCGCCUUGUGCAGCGUCUGCGCGAGCGCUUUAGCAAGGGCAGUGAUGGCGCCGACGCUCAGCUCACGCGCCGCACGGGGUGGAAGUUCCUGUGGGAUGUACGUAGGAGCAAGGUCGUUGUCACUGAGGACAAUGGGGAGACGUGGAGCCAAAAGGUUGGCGAACUGCCUCCCAAUGUGCAGGAGAUCAUUGCUAGGGGUGGUCUGGAGAAGUGGGUGAAGACCGAGAUCGAGAAGUGA